CUAGACUAGCAUGAGGCCGGUAGCUUGUAGCGUAUUUAUAUUGAUCUCUCAACCAGUAUAAACAAAGCCUGGCUAGCUGAGUGGUGAGAUGGCUGUAGGGGCACUGGUGGUGUCUGUCAUCAUCCUGUUAGUCCUCACUCUGGUAAUGGUUGUCCUGUUGCCGCUGUGUCUCUGGCAGAAAGAGGCGUGGUCACAACGCUGCAAGGAUAGAGCAGCCUCUGUACGCUCCAACGACUCCUCUCAAGCUCUCUCACCAGCUCAGGCAAGGCAGUAUCCACAGCUGAGGUCAAAGUUGAACGUCACCCACCCUCUGUCCGUCCUUGAUAACGGCCACACAACGGCAGACAAUCUGACCACACCCUAUUACGAUGCAGUGCAAAUUGAGGACACAAACGUACUGACAGUGAAAAAAUAUAAAAAGAAAGUCGAAAUUGAUUCUGAGCCACACUACGAGUUUGUGAGUAAUGCCGUGACAGAUGAUCAUCGUUCUAGAGAUAAUAAUGGAGUCAAAAGUGCUGUUCAAGCGCGUGUCACCCACCCCAUUCGAACUGCCACGCCCCCUAAAGUGAGGAAGCCAAUAAGUGCAAUCAUACGACAAGAAGACCUGCCUCGAAACUUUACACCAAACACAAAGGUACCUCUGCUGCCACCCACUACAGGGCAGACUAGAGUAGUACAGCUACCACAACCUCCACCGGCAACGAGGCCAUUCCUCAAUCCAAAGGUCGAGAGGUCAUCCCGACAACCAGACCCCCUACAAAGCCACUACGAGUAUGCAGAUGGACUGCAACUCACAGCCCCCCCCCCUGUUCAAGCCAAACCUGACACCGGCUGAGAAUAGACCCAAAUCAUAUGCUGACUAUGAGUUUGCCAGUGGACCUCAAGCACUACCAGCACAUUAUGAGCUAGUACAGGCCACAGGUGGAGAGCAAGCUGCCACUAUCCACAGUGUACAGACUGAUGACUCUAAUUACUAUGAAACUGCGGACAUGAUAGGGGAUACUCACUACGACACUGCGGACAUGAUGCCAACUGGUGGAGAUAGUUCCUCAGAGUAUGCAUACGCCACACCUAACACAAGGAGACAGAUUCAAUGUGAUAAGGAGGGGUUGUUCCAGGAGCCUGCUAGAGAUUGUAGCUCCUUGUACGCACAGCUGGACAGUAUUAGGGUGGAGCACUACAAGAGAGAGUCCGUCAGUGUGGGGCGCUUGAUUGGAUCUGGUCAGUUUGGACGAGUGCACACGGGGGAGUGGCUAUCUCCUGAGGGUACCACACUGCCAAUAGCUGUCAAGGUACUCAACACAAAUGU